GGGCAGCACAGGCGCCCUGCAGCCGGGAUCCAUCCACAACCAAGAGCCUUCCCUCUCUCGGGGCUCACACGUCCCACGCCCAGCUCCAGGCAAGAGCCUGACCCAAGGACUUGUAAAAGCCAAGCCAAAGCCCAAAAAUGGAAGCAGAAGAGCCUCACCCCACCAUGGAUGCAGAGGAGCACCCUUCUUCAAAAGACCGGCCUGCUGAGGACUCAGAGGAGCCCCCUAUCCCUGACAUCCCCUUGGAGCUUGCCAUCGCUGAGCCUCCUUUAGAACCCCACACCUCUGAGUCUCAGAUACUGUCCUCCACCUCCCAGACUGAGCUAGAGACCCACACCUCUGACACCCCCAUGGGGUUCUCCAUCUCCAAGCCUCCUCCGUUACAGCCCCACUCCUCCGAGUCUCAGGUGAUGUCACCCACUUCCCAGGCCGAGCUAGAGACCCCCACCUCUGAAAACUCUCUGGAAUCUUCCACCUCUGAGCCUCAGGUAGUGCCCUCCACUUCCCAGACCCCUUUAGUGACCCACACCUCUGAAAACCCUAUGGAGCCUUCCACCUCCAAGGCCUCUGUAGAACACGCUAGCUCUAAGGUCCCAGAGGAACCCUCUGCUUUGCAAACCCCCUCACCAGAUCAGGUCUCUGAUGCUCUGAAGAAAGGCCUGUCCUCUGAGCCAGGAAGAUCCGCACAAAUCCGUGAAUCUGAGAUGCUUCCAGAGCACUCCCUUGUAGGCCCUUCAGCCAAGGUCCACCUGGACACAGUUGAAAAGGAAAGGGAAGAGGAAGGAGAGGACAAGGAGGGGGAGGAUGCCACUGUCAGCACCACUCACACACCUCAGCCUGGACGUCAUCUGGGUGACACGGCCAAUCCAGUGAUCACUGUUAAGCAGGCAGAUCAAGUAGGAGUGCCUAAGACAAUGCACAAAGAGAAGUCCGAUGCUCAGGCGUACAAUCUUUUCCAAUGGGAGAAGGAUGCAGCUCUGAAGGCCACCCAGACAGGUCUCUACAUCGGUUGGCGUUGCCCCCACUAUCUAUGGGACUGCUUCCGAAUUGGGGAUGAAUCCAAGUGCUUUUGUGGCCACUUGCUGAGAGAGCACCGGAUCGUAUCAGACAUAUCCGUGCCUUGCAAGGUGAGUCAGUGCCGAUGCCUCAUGUUCUGCUUUAUACCAUCACGCCCAGAGGAGGUGGGUGAGUUCUGGCUCCAGAGGCGGGCCACCUUUGAUCCCAAGACCUGGAGAGCCCAAUGCCGCUGCAAACACAGCCAUGAAAACCAUUCGGCUACCGGGUGCCAUCCCUGCAGGGUCAAAGGCUGCUGCUGCAACUGCUUUGAGUCUAAUUUCCUCUGCGCAGCCUGUGACCGGCGUUGGGAGGAACACGGGACUUUCUUUGAGACUGAGGAGACCCGGCGACGAGGAGGGAGACCUCGUGGGACAGACACUGCCAACAGCGGGCACAGGCCUGGGUGAGCCCGGCCCAAAUCAGCAAUAAAGGAGAAGCCACUGGA